AUGCAGCCGCAAGGUCUUCUCCACAUGGAAAGCGAUAAUCAUCUUGGACGAGUGCUGAAUCCUUUCUCGGCUGGUCUCAGUAUCCAACCUUGUGCUGGGCCUAUGUGCCGCUCUCUGCGUGACAUGGACUUGUUUUUGCGAGUCAUCCUUGCUCAGAAGCCUUAUCUAAAGGAUCCGCUUCUAGUGCCCAUACCCUGGACAGGACCAAAUACAGGGGUUGUGAAACUCAAGAUUGGCAUCAUGGCUACAGAUGGCAUGAUCACGCCGGCUCCGCCAAUCCUUCGUGCCAUCUCUUGGGCACAGAAGAGACUUGAACAUUGCGCCGACGUCGAAGUCAAAUCCUUCGCACCAUACCAAGCCCGAGAAGUGCUAUCACUAGUCCGCCGUAUCUUCAUGCCAGAUGGCGGCGUCGGCUUCAAGAACAUUCUCGCUGCUUCGGUAAUAGACGUAGCCACGGACUCGAGCCACGUCAGUGAUAUCGCACUAUUACGCUCAGAGCGUGACGAGUACCGCCGCACUAUGGCAAAGCAUUGGAAUGAGCAAGAUGUAGAUAUUGUACUCAUGCCGGUCUUUGUCGGUCCUGCACCUGCUCACGACACCGCAAUCUAUAAAAGCUACACCAGCGUGUGGAAUUUGGUUGACCAUCCUGCAGUGUCUAUUCCAACGCCAUUGUAUGCUGGAGCGACGGGCUCGGAAGUAUACGCCGACUCACACGUGCUUGGAGAGGAAGAUGCUUUUGUUCGUCGUGCAUGGGAGGAGACAUCUUUCGAGGGCGCACCGCUGAGCUUGCAACUCGUUGCUCGCAAACACCACGACAACUUGCUUUUUGGCGCGUUGCAGCUACUCAAGCAGCCUCUGCAGUUGGUGUGA